GGCCAACAUAUUGAAAGAUACUUUCCAACCAAGAACUUGAAGAUCGUAAAGCUAAAGAAACAUGAAACAUCGAUUAAAAUUGCAAUGGCAAGCUGUGGUAUUGUAUGUCUUGCUGUGGGCUCCUUCUGUUACAUGGGCAGCGGAUUUCGCCAGGAAUUUCUUCAAUUUCGGCGCGGGCAAUGAAAACCUUGGCAGCAGAGUUCGCCUGUCGGGACUCGUGAGUCAUGACUGCGAUCUGCAUCCUGACGGUUCCCAUGAGACACAGAUCAUGUGCUACACACAGCCCAUGGCAGCCGGACAGUAUGACGUCAAGGUGUCUGUGGAUGGGGAAGAUGUGCUGGACUCCAAAUAUUGCAGCAACGAAGACGACUGCAAGUUUACUGUUUCAGACGGCUGUACUCCAACAAUUGAUUCCAUCAAGCCAACAUCUGGGAUGCCUGGUGCCUUCCUUGAAAUCACCGGAAACAUCAUCACCACAAAGUAUGGCUCGAAUGAACCUGAUGAAACCCAAGAUAUCAUUCUCAGGGUUUACUUCGGAGGCCAAAAAUGUGAACUGCGAGAUGAAGAGAACGAUCAGAUGUACGGUAUCUCGCUGGACAAUGACAGAGGCUACAUGAAGUGUAAAACUGAGGGCACUUAUAUUGGAAACCAUGAGAUCAGCUUUCUUGUCAGUAACGAAUACGGAAGAUCUUUGCCUCACGGGCAAGUGAAGCACGUGCGCAGUAACGGAAUCAGCCCGUAUCAGACUUAUACAGAGAUCACCGGCCUGUCCCAGAGCAGCGGUAGCACGGUGGGAGGAACAAGACUCACGAUCUCCGGACAACACUUUGACGAGACAGAUGCUCCUGUCAGCGUUAUAGUCGGAGAAUCCAAUUGCGAUGUUGUAGGGUCAAUCACGGACACAGAGAUUGUCUGCAGCACUCCCGCAGAAGUUACUGGAAUAUCACACUUUGCAGGAAGUAGAGGCUUCUAUGUCUACAUGGAGAAUGGAACCACAGACGCCUCCAGCAUCAACAGAAACACGGCUGCAAUCCAGCACGUGGACCAGAGUCGAUGGGAAGCUAGCAACUGGCCCGAUCACGCCAUCCAGAUGGUCGGCUUCUUUGUUCCCAUCUAUUCUGGACCUUACAAGUUCUGCGUGAAAGCCAAGUCCACAGCCCAAGUGUACUUGAGCACGGACGAAAACCCCAACAAUAAGGCCUUGAUCCUUACUGAUUCCGGAGAUAGUUGCACAGGAAAGGAAACAGCAGAACGAAGUCUUACUGCAGGACAAAAGUACUACACUGAAAUACAUUACGGCAGUUCCGAUGCUGAUUCCUAUGUGGCUCUGGUGGCUCACCUCAUGGAGACUUCAAUCACUGAGGAAGACACUGGAAUGGCGGAACAUGAAGUCCAGGACCUGAAAUUCACUUCAGAAGUCACCCAAGAAAUACUGACUUUUACAGUGUCGUCAUCGGGAACACCAAGCUCAACACAGGAGGAUAUUCAGGAACUGACACUGACUGGAAACCCAAGCGCAUACGUUGUUUUGACUUUCGAAGGAGCGAGCACAAAACCCAUGACGUUGGACAGCCUCACUUCCGGAAAGGAUGUCGCAAGUGAGCUCAUGGAGCUGCCUACCAUCCCGUUCAAGGUGGACGUGCAACUGACCUCCUCUACUUCUGGACCCAACCAUGUGGUCACCUUGUCCAUCUCAUCCAGAUCCCCGCAAGGUAAAAUCGGCUCUUGAGGAUAUGUUCAGCGUGAGAUGUCACCCAUUGCUGAGCAGUGGCGCUACUGUCGUGGACUACGAGGAGGCCAACCAAGGACCAUACGACCGCACAUCGGAUGUGGAGCCUUUCUGUGGACGCUACUCUGCCAAGAACCCCGGCUGGAUCUACCACAAGGGCAAUGGAGACGAUGACGUCGGUGUCCCAGUCUCCACCAGCAACAACCGAUAUCUUUGUUUGGCCUACAUGGGUCUCGGCAAGGUCAGCCGCGUGAACGUCGUCUUUGACUAUAAGAACAUCGAUAAUGACGACGCUGUGGGCGGUGUGAACUUUAACGUUGACGACUCAACACCCGACGUAUGGAAAUACCACUGUGAGGAUAUCCACGACUUGAUUUCUAACAGCAUCGUGGGCACUGGCAUCAUCGUUAACUAUAUCCGUACCUUCAGACAGGAUGGAGCAGAGGAUUUGUACAUUGAUCAGGUCAUGUUUCUGAGAGCGCCACUGAUGGACGAUGCUGCCUGGGAUGGCAUUGCACUCAUGAGAACAGCACAGGCUACGCCAAACGGGGCUUACAUUGACAAAGUGGAAGUGAGUGAGACCGCUAGCAACACGUACGAAGUGAAGCUGUUCCCUCACCACUGUGGUUUUGACUUCCCUCUACCAGAGAUCGCUGCUGCUACGAAAAGCGGCUCUACCUACAGAAUUACAAACGGGGGGAACGUCGGUGUAACCAUCGCCAGAACACAGACUGCCUCUCCGCCUAUUGCCGGAACGUACAAAGUGACAUUCGACGGCGACACCAGCCCAGCCCACAUCCCAGUAACCACAGAGCUGGACUCGGACGCUGUUGUGAGCAACCUCAUGGCGAUGAGAGUCGGUUUUGCCGAGGUCACCGAGAGUGGGAGCUGUUCUGAGUUCACCUACAGGGUGAAGAUGCUCUCUCACACCGGGAACCAGCCACUCAUGACGGUGGAUAAGACCAGGCUGACAGGUACGAACGUGGAUGCAACGGUUGACACAGUCGUUGACGGUGGUGUCUGGUUUGACCCCAUCAUGGGUGACCUUCUCCGAACAUAUCACACCAGCGCCCAAGUCACUGCUUUCAUCAACAAUGUUCCCACUUCCUGCCUGGAUGACCAAACCUGCCAGUACGCAUGGUCGUCUGGUUUGACGCCCACAUUGUCUUCGAUAAACCCAACUUCCGGCUCGAUGGGUGCCGUUGUGACCAUCAGUGGUUCAGGCUUUGACGGCGCGACCCUCAGCAAUAACGAGGUGAUCAUCGGCGCCACACCCUGCACGGUCACAGGAGCGACCACCUCACAGAUCACGUGCACGCUCAACAACGGCCCAACUGGAGAUGCCAAUGUGGCUGUCACUGUUGUAGGAAAGGGCUUGGCAUCAGGGACGCUCUCGUUUGCUUACGUCACAGGCGUUACUGGCUUCACAUCAGCCCCAGGAAGCGUUGAAGGCGGAACCACGUUGACCAUCACUGGCUUUGGCUUCACGCCUGAUGCAGAGGUCAAAGUUGACAACUCUGACUGUACCAUUUUGACCAGUGGCGAAUCCGAGAUCACUUGCAGGACACCCAGAGCGGCUUCGCACACGAGCUCCCAGACGGUGGACGUAACUGUCGUCCAGGCUGGCAGUUCUGAGGUGGCUGGUCAGUUCACCUAUGACCCCAGCCUGCCGUACACGCCUGUCAUCACCGCCAUCAGUAGGACCACGAGUGAAGUCUGGGGUGGCUCCACUAUCACCAUUGACGGCCAGGGUUUCGGCAAUACCGAAAUGCCAGUGACGCUGGGCGGUGUGGCAAUGGUGGUGAGCGGCUACACGGACACUCAGAUCGAAGCGACGCUCCCAGCGCUCUCACACGGCUCCUACAUGCUCAGGGUGGAUGUGCAGAAUAAUGGCUAUGCAGAUUUGAGACAAAAUAGCAUAAGCGACAUCACGUACACGUUUGAGGUGACAAGCAUGACUCCAGAUUUCGGCUCUCUCUACGGCGGCACUGACCUCCUGAUCACAGGCACAGGCUUCAACACUAACUCCUCCCUCAUGGAUGUCUCUGUGGGCCCACACAAGUGCGACAUUUCUUCCGCGACUCUCACCAGCAUUGAAUGUCGCAUCGCCGACACGGGAGUCACGCACACCAUUUCUGCCACGGGGACCCAUGUCAACUACGGUAUUGGCUAUGCCUGGGACAAAGACCCCCACACAGUCAACGUUGGAGAUUACGUCACCUGGACCUGGUCAACCCCCACCUACGUCUCUGACAUCGGCUACGGCGUGCACCAAACGGAAAGAGCCGGCGACCUCUUCAGCCUAGAAGGCGGUUUCUCUUCUGGAGAAAAGACUCGCGUCGGACUGUCAAAAUGAAGUGAUCUUCGCCGACUCUGCCGCCUGUGAGACUGUCAUCAGCUCAGAGACAUCAAUUGGAUUUAGAAUUGCCACAACAAAUACACCAGCAGUCGGAGUUCUACAAGAGUUUAACACCAGAGUUGCCAAUCUGGGCUAUGCACUUGUGGCUCUACAGAAAGUCAGUGACAGGCGGUUCGGACUCCUUCCGAAAGUUGAAAGUAUUCUUCCGUUUGAAGGUUCCAAAGUCGGAGGAACAAAAAUAACUCUGUCUGGUGGAGGCUUCAGUGGAACUACUAGUGAUGUAACUGUGGAAUUUGAUUACAUGUCGUGUAUCGUGGAAUCGGUCAGCUACACUGAAAUCGUCUGUGAGACCAUCUGUGGCGCUGCAGCAUCGAGUUGCUACGUGGGCGCUAUGAGCCCGACCGUGCUUAUCUCAACAGCCUCUGGUGACGUGGCCGCUGAAUGUUCUGGCUCCAGCUGUCGGUUCAUCACCUCAGAGGCCAACACAGCAACUGUGACUGACAUCACGCCCACAACCGUCUCUGCAGCCUCGACAACCAUAACCAUAACUGGCACCUCAUUCUCCUCAUCCGUCCCCGACACGAAAGUUAAAAUUGGUGGCGAAGACUGCGUCGUUGCCUCGGCGACCGGAGGCACAGAGAUAAUUUGUACCGUCGGGAGACUGCCCGUUGGUGACAAUUCCGUGGACGUGUAUGUGGAGAACAAAGGCAAAGCGGCUGUAGAUACCAUGAUAACCAGCCAGGCUGUGGCGUCCGUGAGCCUGCCCGCAGAGAGCAGCGAGAACGGCGGAGCUGAGCUUGUGAUCAACGGCAAUGGUUUUGUGGAUGGAAGCACAACGGUGACUGUCGGGGGUGCUGACUGUCCGGUAACCAGCGUGAACUUUGGCCGGAUUGGCGGUGUGGACUGCGCAGUGACUGGUGCCACGGACACAUCCAUCACUUGCACAGCUGGCACGCUGGAGACUGGGGCGUUUGCCGUACAAGUGUUCGUCCCUCAGCUGGGCUUCUCUAACGAUGACGUCGAGUUCACUUACGAAGUCGGAACGUUCAGCAUCAACCCCAAUACAGGCACUACAAAUGGAGGACAGGUGGUUACUCUGACUGGUUCUGGAUUCCUGGCUAAUGAGACGUCGGUGACUAUCUGCGGGGCAGCUUGCACUGAAGUCUCAGUCUCGGCAUCACAGUACACCUGCAUAACUCCACAGCAAGCGGAUGGUCCGUGCGAUGUCGUUGCAACAGUGAAGACUGUUUCUCAGACUAACGCCAACGCCUAUACCUUUGACUCCGCCCUGGAAUCCACGGUCACUGGUGUGAGCCCUACCCGAGGCGGUACAGGGGGUGGAACCCUCAUCACUAUCACAGGAACUAACUUCGGCUCAAACACAGCUGACAUCGCUGUCGAGAUCGCUGGGGCAGCGUGCAGUGUGCAGACAGUUGAAGACACCAAAAUCACAUGCAGAACAGGAUCAGCCUCCUCAGCUGCUGCCCAAGUAGAAGUUCAGCGAAAUGGAUGGGGUUUGGCACAGCAGAUCUCGGCUAACUAUGAGUACAUCGACCUGUGGUCUAGCCCGUACACCUGGGGAGCAGCUCCACCUCCCGUGGAGGGCGACUUUGUCGUGAUUCCGAAAGGAAUGAAGCUGCUUCUGGAUAACAGCACAGAGGUUCUCAAGAUGUUGCUCAUCCAAGGAGGUGAACUCAUCUUUGACGAGGCUGAUAUAGAGCUGCAAGCAGAGAACAUUCUCAUCACUGACGGAGGUCUCCUACAGGCUGGAACUGCAGCCAGACCUUUUCCCAGCGCUUACAAAGCCAUCAUCACCAUGCACGGCCACCUGCGAUCUAAGGAACUCCCUAUCUAUGGAACGAAGACACUUGCUGUGAGAGAAGGAACCCUUGAUCUUUAUGGCACUCCUGUGGCGUACACCUGGACAAGACUGGCUGCCACAGCCGCUGCCGGCGCCACGACAAUCACUCUGGAGCAGGAGGUGGACUGGCAGGCCGGAGAUGAGAUCGUCAUUGCCACCACUGGUCAUAGGCACAGCCAGAAAGAAAGUGAGGUUAGAACUAUUCACUCUGUGAGUGGAUACGACGUCAUUUUGACGGAGGCUCUCGAAUAUGAGCAUCUCGGAAUUGACGGAACAUUUGGCUCCCACACCGUGCAGUUCCGAGCCGAGGUGGGGCAUUUCACUCGCAAUGUCAUGGUCAGGGGAUAUCGCAACACCGAAUUCGACACACAGAUUGAAGCUUGCCCAGCUGGUUUCAACACAGGUGAAUUCGCCACUCAGACUUGCUUCCAAGGACGUUUCGGAGAGGAGUUGGGAUCUGACCAGUUUGGGGCACAGAUAAUGGUCCACCAAGUUGAAAAGGACACUCAAAUUGCUCAAGCCCAUCUCUCGUACGUUGAGCUGAGGCACUCGGGCCAGGCUUUCCGUAUGGGUCGCUACCCAAUCCAUUUCCACUUGAAUGGAAUCAUGGACCAAUCAUUUGUCAGGGGAUGCUCCAUCCACACCAGUUUCAACAGAGCUGUUAACGUCCAUGGAUCUCACAACAUUCUCAUUGAGCACAACGUGAUCUACAAUGUGAUGGGAGGUUCCUUCUUCUUAGAAGACGGGGAUGAGAUUGGCAACAUUUUCCAGUACAAUCUGGCUGUGUUUGUGCGGUCCUCAACCUCUCUGAGAAACGAUGACAUCACUCCAGCCGCGUUCUGGGCAACUAACCCUAACAACACGUUCAGGCACAAUGCUGCAGCCGGAGGCACCCAUUUUGGCACCUGGUACCGAAUGCACACAAAUCCUGAAGGCCCAGGGUUUGAUCCCAAUAUAUGCCCACAAGCGUAUCCUCUCGGAGAGUACAGUAACAACACAGCCCACUCACUUGGCUGGUUUGGUCUGUGGAUUUUUGAGACUUACAUUCCUCGCGUGGACGCCAGUUGCUCCUCCUCGGCCGAUCACCUGGUGGCAAAGUUCUACUCCCUCACCGCUUGGAACUGUGAAAAGGGGGCGGAAGGUGUGAACUCUGGGGCCUUGCAGUUCCGGAACUUUGUGCUAGUCAACAACGAAAAGGCUGGCUAUGAAGGAAAACUGUUGGUGGGCAACCCGCCACAGUACGACGAGAACAAUGGCCCCGGCGUUUUUGACAGCGUCAUCGUUGCUCAUUACGAUAACAACCUCAAAGGCGGCGCCACUGCCAGAGGAGUGGUCAUACCCUACCAGCCUGGCUUCCUGCUGAAGAACAUCGAGUUUUACAACUUUGAUCAGCCGAGUCUAGCAACAAUUGGAUGGGCCAGAAUCGAUGGAACUUGUGGAUUUUUGUGUGGUGGUUUCACUACUGAGACAGCUGAGCUUCAGUUUAUUAACUCGCCCUACAAGGUCUUCUUUGAAUGGGAAUCAGAAGGCGUAUUGCAUGAUCGCGAUGGUACUCUAGCAGGGUCACCUGACUACAGCGUUGCAGCGUGGACAGAUUCGUUUGACAACACACUGUGUACCCUGGACAGGGAAAUGUCUGUUGGUAUCCCAGGCUGCAUCUGUACAGACCAAAUCAAGCUGAUCAGGUUUGCAUUUAACAACAUUGUGCCAGAGUCAUUGAUGGCGAAGGAUGCCGUUUUCACUUCGGAGUUCGGUACCAGUAACUCUCGAUUCGCUGAUAAAAGAAUUACUCACCCAGACGGCUGGUCCAUGGUGCUCAUGGUGAACACCUACUACAACUUUUCCUUUGAAAACGCGGAACACGUGACGAAUAUAAGCUACGACUCUGCAUUUUAUCGUUUUGAUGUGGGAGACUUUAUCGUGUUCACGCAAUUUGCGAAUCUGAAGCCAGAUCUUUUCAUGUUGGAUGGAUCAACCGCACUGAAUAUGUCAGACAACAUGCUGUCCGGAAACGGGGUCAUUCACGGGGAUUGGUACUACAGCACUCCUGAUCAGUCUAUAACCUAUGCAGUUCAAAGAUUGAGCAGAAGAAAGAAACGUGGAGCUGGUGGAGUCAGUUUAACAGAUAUGGAUUUGAAGAUUGACACUCGCAUCAUCCGCUGCUACUAUCGUGGCUGCAAACCACCACCCAAGCCAAUGGAGUUGAGAGACUUACCCAGUCACAUCGAAUAUUGGUCUGAUCUAAACACUUGGGUCAACUUCACGUCGGACGGGUUGCCUCCUGAAGACUAUGACAACCUGACCAUACCUAUCGACAAGUACAUCAUAGUGGACGUGCCUAUCCCCAAGCUGAGCCACGUCAUUGUCGACGGAGGUCUGGAGUUUUCUGAGAAUAAUACGGCGGAUAUUCUUCUCGAGGCGGAUUACAUCCAAAUCACCGGCAGAGUCAUUGCAGGGUGGGCCACUGACAGACCUUAUACUGGAAAUCUGAUCAUCAGACUGAGAGGAAACCAUCAGUCUCCAGUGUAUCCAACAAACGGCGUGCCACUAGGAUCAAAGUUCAUUGGCGUGUUCGGAGGUCUUCAACUGCAUGGUGUGGAUAAGGGUCUAACUAAGACUCACUUAGCUGAGACUGUGGACUCUGGAAAUGAGAUAAAAGUUGUGGACGCUGUCAGCUGGGCUGUUGGUGAUGACAUUCUCCUCACAACGACUGACUAUAACCCUUGGCAUUCAGAGGUCUUCAAGAUCACUGCCAUUUCUGGGACAACCAUAACUUUGAACAGCACUAUACAGCACAGGCACAUUUCUCACACUGAAACCAUCAACGGUCAAGAUAUUCAUCUAAGGGCUGUUGUGGCCGUGCUGACCAGGAACAUCCGAAUUGAGGGAGAAGAAUACCCUGAUAUGAUCUCUGAAUCGUUUGGUGCUCGUGUGAUUGUUGGACAAAACCUUAUUGGAACAGAACAACACAGUGGUUUUGCCCAGAUCAGUAAUGUGGAGUUCUACCACACCGGCCAGGAAGGUUUCAGUCAGAACUAUGACCCACGCUUCUCACUUACCUAUAUGGACGUGACCUCGACAGAAGGAGAAAUCCGUUACUCUUACGUAAAGAAGAGCACUUUCCAUUCAGGAUUUAACACUGCCAUUGGAGCGUUUGCUGUUGACGGACUGGAGAUUGAUGAUAACGUCGUGUACCACACUGUAGGCCAAGGCAUACGCACGGAGGCAACCGGCACAAAAAUCACCAACAACUUAGUCGCCUUGAGCAUCUGGACGGGGACUUACCUUGAUCGCUAUGAGCCGAUAAACAUGGAGUACCCAGGUGCCAUAGACGGCCUCCUCGCCACUGAUCUCGUCUUGGUCAACAACACCGUGGCUGGCGCCGAAAGAUUUGCCUAUUCUUUGGGUGGACAAAGUUGUAGCACUCUGGACGCUGACCUGUGGAGUGGAAAUAUGGCCCAGGGUGCACUUCUUGGUGUUGGUCUGUUUUCUGAGGAUCCGCCAGCUGAUAGUUCGUGCACAACCUACAGUGGCUUCACCUUGUGGAAGAACCUUGAUUUUGGAAUCUACUACAAUAGUGUUCCUAGUGCGGUAUUCAAAAACAACAUAUUUGUCGAGAACGGCGUCGGCAUAUUCCCUUUCGUUAUGGGUCCAGCUUCGCUUUCUCAUGCGUAUCAAGACAAAUACUCUGAAGUCAGCAACAAUAUCUUUAUUGGAAAGACGAGCACAUUCUCCGAGAGUCUGGAUGUCCUAGAUAAGUCUGACCAUAACAUACAACUGAGUGUCAUGGCUCGUUCCCAUGGCUCUGGAAGUGCUUGCGGUAAAAUCGGGAUGGAAAUGACAAUUUUUACCAGUGGUCCAAAUGGAAUUCCAUCCCAUCCUCUCGUUGGCAUCAUGUCUUACCAGACACUUAAAGGCAUUACCAGGGUAACAGGUAAUACUUUUGCUAACUGGGGAGCUUGCACAGGCGGUUAUGAUCAUGCCAUCUCCACCAGCAAGGGCAACGAUGAUGGAAACCACCCUCUCCAUAUUACAAGCACCACCCUAGUGAACACGGAAAUGGAAGCGAAAGUGUUCUUCCACCCACCAAAUGUUGGCAAAAUCAACUCUGCCGAUUGUGUUGAUAUGGACUGUGAUGGGCUGAAAAAGUGUAUGAUAAAGGAUUUGGACGGCACUUUCUUGGGCCAUAACGGUACAAUUCUACCUGACUCAGCCUACGAGUGGGAUGGAGACCGGAGACAUGGGCUGGGAGACUACAGGAUUCCUUCAGUCAUGUUGACUACAAGCAAUGGACAGAAGAUUGACGUGAAUAGCUAUGCUCCCAAUAAAGGUAUUUACAAAACAGACAAUUGCACCUGGGUCUCGGAAUGGCGAGCGUAUAACUGUGAAGACUUCUACGAUUGGAGAAUGCUGGUUAUUGAGAGCAUGGAUUCAGACACAGAGACUCGAAGACUCAGUCCACUAGCUAUCUAUAACCCUGAGGGAUAUGUUGACCUCAUCAAUGGGCCACAGGAUCAUGGCUGGUGCAGCGGUUACACUUGCCGCAAACGUCUAAGUACUUUCCAGGCCAUCGUUGCGUUAGAUCAGCCCUUUGACAUGUUCCUGUCCAGUUCCAACCCCAGAAAAAUGAGAUACAUGCUUCUGAAUUCACAACCAGACGAGUGUGUCCGGCUGGGCAUGCAUUACUUGAACCAGAACCGUUUGCAAGUUUAUGUAGAUGGUGUCCUGAAGAUGCCCACAAAUGGCUAUAUCGACGGUAAUGGCAGGUUCAGGCUGAGGCUUCAGAAUACCAAUCAUAUGUGGAUGCCUGAUGUGAGAAACAAGGUCAACGGUGAAAAUUAUCUAAGUCGAGCAGAGAGCAUGAUUUUCUGGGUUGUUUGCGGUGACUCCGAAGUGCUCGUCGACACAGAAGAUGUCUUUUUGGUCUCCUUCGCUUUGCCAGCAAUGACUGACGCAGAAUUCUUCGGAGAGAAAAUAGUUGAAAACCUUGCCGGUUUUCUGAAUAUGGACCCAAGCAAGGUGCGCAUCGUGAACAUUGUAGAGGACACGUCAACAUCUGGUCGACGCAAGCGACAGGCAACAGGCACCACUACCUUCUACGUGGAGAUCGGUGACAAGCCCGGGGACACGCCCACUGUUGACUACGAGACUGUGGGAAAACAGAUUUGUAACCAGGCCCAGCUGUACACGUUUGACGACAUCAUCAACGCUACCGUCUUGUACGUGUCGGUUCUAGAACCCAGUGUGGCCACCGAGAACGAAGGCGUGAUGACUCCGCUACAGAAGACUGGCCUCUUGGUGCUGGACACACACCCCGUUGGCGAUGUGACAGAGGGACAGCUGUUCAGCACCCAGCCAAAGCUGAAAGUCACCGACGACAACAACGAAGUGGUCACCUACUUAGGCUCAGUGACAGGUCCCUGGGAGAUAGAGGUCAGCAUCAAGUCAGGAGGAAGUCCCUAUUCCAGGUUGAUUGGGAACACCAGUGUCACGUUCCAGAACGGCUGGGCCAACUUCACCAAUCUGGCCAUUACAAACAGAGGCGAUUACAUCCUGGAGUUUAAUGUAACUUCUCCCCCCGAGGCGACGAAUUAUUCACUGGAAGCUAUGGCCAUUCGGGUCAAUGGACGCAAUCUGAGACCAAAGGCUGAAUUAAAAACCCUCAGCCGUAUAUCAGGCAGGCCACUGGAGCUAGACAUCACUCUAGAAGACAAGGACACACUUGUAGACAUCACGGACAUCCAGUGGGCGAACCAUACCUGGUCUGCCACAGCCUCUGUCUACGACUCAAAGUUCUAUUCAGGUUCUCUUGCUGGAGCCUUAACGGUGCCAUUUGAUCCAGCUACCGGAAAAGCGACAUUCUUGGACCUUCAGCUGGACACCCCUGGCAAAUGCCCUGUCCUCGUGACCAUCACGUCCGACCCGCCAGACUACACAGAAGGGGUGGUGGUACUGAUGGACGUGAUGACCCUGGCCCAGAGUACUAUCGUGGUACAGGAGACACACGACCUCGAGGUCAAGUUUGACAUAGAUUUUGACGAGGCCCGUGCACCUUACUACACCGCCAUAGUGCGCAACAAGUUCAGCCAGAACCCGGACCUGGUCAUAACUGAGGAUGCUUACCGCAAAGGAAGCCUGAUCAUCACCCUGUCUGUUCAGGGAACAGUUACCGGCUACAACGACACGCUGACCAGCCUGUGCGACGACAUUGCCAACAGCACGACCUUCACCUUUGAUAACGUCACUGUGACCAUGGCUGGCUACCUUACUGUUGACGGACAAACCUACUAUGGCCUGUAUUGUGGCCCUAUUGCGACAAAUCCCGGUUCGAGUGCCAGUGACGACGGUCUGGAGACGGUGUACAUCGUUAUCAUCGUCAUCUUGUGCAUCGUCGUAGCGGCUCUUGUGGCUGUCCUCCUGGCCUACAAGUUCUACUUCCACCCCAAGGCCAAGACAAGUAGCUCAACCAGUGGUGCCCAUUACCUGGGACAGAAUUUGCGCAGCGAUCUCCUGAGCGACACACUGAGCAAAGAGGACACGUUCACUAGCCUCAAGUCCCGCCCCUACUCCCCGCCAAUGGCACCCGUGGGCACUGCCAUGCCAGCCAAGAUGGCGUUUGACCUUCACAUUGAGACGCCUGGACGCGAACACAUCUCCUCCUCCCCCGUGCCAAGGAUGAUCACACCUCAGCCUACACCACAACUCUCGAAGAUCCUGGAGCAGCAGUCUUCAGUUCCCCCUCCCAACUUAAGCGACCAACCAAAGUGGAACUUUUAAGUACCUAGGACUGUUAAAUUGUGGACUGUUAUAGUGAACCUGAUGACUGAUUUGUUUCCCGGACCCCCUGAAAACGCCUGCGAUAGGCUGGAGAAAAGUAUCCAUGCAAGGAGAAAGCUAUUUCUGUAAACAAAUCCCCAAUCCGAGCUAAAAUCUGACUUGGAACUUCU